CUCUCUCCAAGAGGAUCCCUUUUGAGGCUUUACCAGUUGACAUAUGUUGACAUGGGGUGAUCCCAUGCCAGUGCUCUCGGUGCUGCACGCCGAGAGUGCGUUCCACCGUCCAUGUCGGUCAAUGUGGCAUGGCAAGCGGCACAAGCGCCGCAUCUAGCAACGUAUGUGCACCCGGCGUCGCAUGCGCUGCACGCCGCCCCACUGCUUCAGCCAACCCUCUGUGCACCGCCGCAACAAGCUCCAGCUCUCAGUCUAGCUGCUGGUUUGGGAGCAGAUAUAUUCCAUCGCCAAGCGUGCGUGGCAUCAGUGCCAGGGCUGUCCCUUGCAACUUUGCCUGCUUCAGCCGCCUUGCCUGCACUCCCUCUGCCAGGAAUACAACUUUCCCAGGCUGUGCCAACCAACAUGACCCCACCUCCGGCUGCUGCAAACAUAGGAGGCAGUUCAGUGGGCAGCUUUGACUUCACCAAGGAGCAAUGCGCCGGAAUCAUUGAACUUCAGCAACAGUACCAAGCUGCUGGAGACCAUCAAAGCGCGGCCGUCGUGGCUCAGUAUGCGGCUGCAGGUGUUGAUUUGAGCUCCUACCUGGAGGCUGCUGCAGAGCAUUGCCAGCCUCCCAAAGUACAUGAUCCAAGCAGGCGAUUUUCGGGAAUCGUGCGUAGCUGGAACCCAGAUGGUGGUUUUGGCUUCAUCGUUUGUUCGGAGUCCAGAGCAAUCUACAACAAGGACAUAUUUCUGCACAAGUCUGAGAUUGGCCACGAGCCAGACCUCUACAAGCUGCGUAGGAGGUUGGAAUUUCGAGACGGGGAGCCUGUCUCGUUUCAGGUGGAGUAUGACGACAAGCUCAAACCGAGGGCCAGAAUCAUAUUGGCAGUGCGAUGGGGUUUGCUGAAAAGCAUGCCAAACAUGUCGAGCUCCUAAGCCAUCCAGAGCUCACGUCCAACCCAGACCUUCCCAUGGAGGAGCAGCCCCUGCCGCCAAAAAAACGUCGACGACGUGGGGAAAUUGCAGACAAAAA